AUGGCUUCCUACGCCGUCCAGAACGCCCAUGCUCGGGACAGCUACCCCCAAUCCUACGUCGCCCCGCCCCCUCCUCUUCGUUCGGCCGCUGCGAGAGUCCGCCAGCAGACUCUCGGUCCAGUGUUCAGCGAAGAGGAGGACGGGGAUGACUCAGAAUACAUUGCCGCCAGGAUGAGGGAGAUGGAACUUUAUGGCCAAAACCAAAACGUCACCGCGGCCCACAUGCACCAGCUUCAACUCCAGCAGCAGGCUCUGGCGCUCCAGCAGCAAUACCUCCUUCAGCAACUCCUUGCGUCGCAGCCGCAACCGACCGUCAAUCGCGGUCAGCCCGGGUCCCGCGAGGCCGCCGCUCGGCAGCAGCAAUUCCAGCAGAUGCAGCAGCUGCAGCUUCAAGCUCAGAUGCGGCAGCAGCAGCAAGUGGAUCCUCGGAUCCAGGCACAGCUCUUGUCGCAGCUCCAGGCGUCCCGGGGGCCGCUUCAGCAACAGGCGGAUCUGCGGGCUCAGGCGAUGGCGGCUCAGGCUCAGCUUCAGGCGCAGGUGCAGGCUAGGGCGCACGCGAAGGCGAAGGCCAAGGAGGAGGCGCAGGAGGCGGAGGAUCUCAAAGCCAAGUUUGAGGCGCAGCCGAAUCCCCGCGCUCCUUCCAAGCCCCUGGCCGAGAAGACGCCCAAUACCCGCCUUCCCGUCGUCUCGUCGGUCGAAAAGACCUCUCCCACCCUCGACACCCCAAAAGUCCCGGUCGGUCGUUUUGCGCAAGCACGUCAGACUGCGACCAACCCUUUCGGCGAGCUCACGUCGCUCCUUGCCCGUCGUUCCGCCGAGGCCACCACCGACACCCUUCCUACUACGGCCAAGACCUCGGUGGUCCCAUCCGCGGCGGCGGCCAACCCCACACAAAGCGAGGAUCGCCUCGCCGCGCGUCAGGGACUGUCCACACUCGGUCUCGGUCGUCCCGCCGCCUCGUCCACCCAGAACCGCGCCAAGUCCAGCCCAUUCCCCCUCCCCGCCGCCACUACCGAUAAUGCAGCCCCCCGCGCCGUCUCGCUGGCGCUCAAGCCCAUCCGCCAGCCGUACGGUCCUCCCGCGCCGACCAAUGAGCUCGGCGACCGCAACUUCCAGGCGAUGGCGAGGAAGAAGGCGGGCAAGGGCCUGGGGAUGCUGGGUAGGCGGGGUGAGGGCAGCGGGGCGACAAGCCCCGUCGUUGCUUAG